AUGGGAAAAUUCUGGUCGCAUUUCUUCCUUGAAAUUUGUGGGUCGUUUUCUGUGGACCUCGCCAGCAACGUUCACGUCAAGAUUCAUCACCCGUAUACCAACAUUAUUGGUUUAGGAGACUCCAGAGAAUGGAGAGCGCCAUUCCUACCAGCUCUCACGUACAUGUUCUUAGCACCACUAUUGUUUCCUAUUGUCAGCCCAUUGUUUGUAAUCGCUGAGUUAACAAAGGCGAACAAAUGGAAGGAAUUGUUACGUUGUACGCUCUUCAUCACUGCUGGUAUCUUUGUUAACAUUACCCUGUUGAUGAAAGUAUCUGGCCUGAAGCUGAUGACAUCACUUUUGACAAUGUGGUCUGCCAGAGCUGUGCUCAGUGUACCUUACAUCCAUGUAAAUAUAUUUCAACACAUUGGUCUGCCAAUGUACAGCAAGGAGACGGCUCCAAAACGGUUAUACCUGAUGUCAACUGGCGUAUUGAACUUAUCACGAAACCCUCUCCUGGAUUGGACAUUCGGACAUGGUAUCGUCAACUGCCAUGUUGAACAUCAUCUAUUUCCUGAACUAUCUGACAACAUGUGCCUGAAGAUUAAGCCGAUAGUAAGCAAGUAUUUGACAGGAAAUUCUCUGCCGUACAACGAAGACACCUAUAUGAAUCGUUUAUGCAUGUUUGUUAACAAGUAUGAAGAGUUAAUGGUGAAGUUACCACCUAUAUCUGAAUUUAUUGGUAUCCAAUAG